CAGGAAGGGAGGAACCUGAAGGGAGGCGUCCUCAGACUGGGUAGACCAGUGAGACACAUUUUUGUUUCCCACACAGCAGCACACAGGGAUUUCCUGUAAACUGAGAGACAAGGUAAAGAAGAGAGAGACAAACAAGCCUAGUCAUGGACUCCAGUAUGUUUACCAGCACAUAGAGAAGGAUAACCGUCAACUUUACGGAUACUAUACCGCUCAACUUGUCGGAGCAGUUGGGAAUGCUUUUGUGAAAGGCAGGUGAACUCUGCUCUCCCAGGGAGAUUACAUGCUUCCAGCCACUGAACAGCUUGACUUCACUUGCAGCGUCAUGGGAAUCUUGCUCGCACAGAGGGAGGCUGAACUGUACUGCUGACAACAUGCAGUCAGUAGUAGAUAUGAUGUGAUACUAUGAAAGUACUACUACGUGGAACCUGUUUGCGUUUCACUAAACAGGAAUCCAGGAUAGUGGUAAGAGGAGCUGGGGGAGAUUCGUCCAUACAAAGACCUUUUUGUCCCCAGCCAGCGGUAGGUAGAGGUGGAAUAGGAGCAGCUUGGAUAACUGGAGGUGGGGACAUUUUCGAUGGACACUUUUUGCCGCUACCUGUUUUGCUUUGCAUCUCUUUGCUCUCAGUUGGUGUGACACUUUGAGCAAAAAUGGACAGUGCGAGUAAUAGCUCAGAUGGACCAGGGAAGUAUCCCACUAGUUCCCUUUUGAGUGUCUUCAACAGUUUAUUCGGCCGAGAGAGACCUUCCUCUUCAGACACAAAGUCCGCCAUACUGACGUCUUUCAAGGGGCUGCCGGAUGAGAGUCCUCUUCCUGAAGGCGGUCAAACUACUGAGAGUGAGAACAAUGUGAUUGUUUCCUCACUGGAAACCUGCAAGGAGUCUGACACCCAAGUUGAAACAGCAGCUGGAGCCUCGGUUGACCUCGGCCUGGUCAAGGUCACUAGGGUGGAAACGUACAGUGACAAUGAGGAAAAUGAGGAAGAGGAGGCGGACCAAAGCAACACUAGUCUGUCGGAGAAGCUUGCCAAGACCGAGGAGUCUACCUUACCUGAGAAGGAUGAUAAUAAAUUGGAGCAUGGUGAUGGAAAUAAGCUAAAAUAUGCCAGUAAGGCGGAGUACAAGGCGCCUGCAGUCAAGACAAACAAAUUUACGGAGCGAUCCCGCAUAGAAGCUAUUCUAUAUUCAGACAGGUUCCUCGGCAGGACUAACUCUAAGACAGCUCUGGUCUCUUCAGUUUCCAAAAAAGGAGAUGGCAGCAGUCCCAAGAAGAGCACCACCACCACCACCAAGUCUUUGGAUGUAGAAACAUCUGAUGCUGGAGACAACAGUAAAGACAAUGUUGGAACAGACAUCUGGCGCAGACAUCUGGCUUUGGAGGCCUCAGAUCAUAAUGCUGCCACGGCCUCUUCUCUAAAGGAAGACUUGGAUAGUAUUCAGAAGGAGGGCACACAUGAGCAAAAGGCUAAGGAGGGGGCUGAGGAAGCUCCCUCCAUCCAGGUGUCCUCCUCUGUUCCCUCCAGCUCUAAGACUUCUGAAGUUUCAGUCCAAUCAUCCUCCAGUCCAGAGGGACAGUCAGACUCUGCUGUUAUCACAAAUCAACCGACAAAGGUUAAAAAACCCACGUCGCUGUCAUCUAUUCCUGAAAAGUCCCCAGGUGUCAUCCAGCCGAGAACCAGUCCAGCCUCGCAGCGCACAACUGUUCCAAAGACACCAGGAACACCUCCAUCUUCAUCCACUGCACCCUCCUCCUCCACCUCAUCCCCAUCACGGGGCACGGCGCUCUCUUCGCCCCCUUCCUUCCAGAUGCCGGCUCUCUUCAGCGGGUUGCGGGUGCUGAAGAAAGGAGCGGUGGGGGAGGAAAGGGAGACGGUGUCGGAGAUCAAGCAGAGUGAGAAGGAUGCUGACCUGGCCCUGCUCAGCCUAAAGAAGACGGUGAACAAAGCCAAGCUCUUCCCCGAGCAGAAGGCAGCCACUCCAACCAAAAAACACUCGGAGCCUAAACCCGUUUCGGAAACUAAAAGCGCCGUAAUGGGAAACCUCAGUCAGCUGCUCAACCUAGACGACCAAGAUGAGACCAAAAAGUCAGACGUCGGGCCGGAUCCUGAACGCAGCAGAAAAGAGUCUGAGAAUGGAGAGGAGGUUGCGGGAGAGAAAGUUCCAGGCCCAGAAACCGCCACAUCUCCAACGGAGAUAAAGAAAACCACAGACCUGGCCUAUGAAACCUUCAGGAGCAUCUUCGGCCCCAAAACUGUCAAAAAGGACAGAACGGAGGAAGUGGAUCUGGAGGCAGUGAAGAAGAAAAUCAAGAAUGACAAGGAAAAUCUGAGGUCUAUUUUUGAGAGAGCCUCUAAAACCCCUGUCAAGGAAACCAACGGCACCACAGAGGCUAAUACGGAGCUCACGUCCCCUACAGACAGCGAAGACCGGACCCCAGGGCGGCUCCAGGCUGUGUGGCCCCCGCCCAAACCUAAAGAUGAGGAAGAGAAGGUGGGGCUCAAAUACACCGAGGCAGAGCACCAGGCUGCCCUCCUGCAGCUGAAGAGAGAGUGCAAGGAAGAUCUGGAGAGGAUGCAUUCUGACUUUGAGCUUCAAAUCUUUCAACUGCGAGGUGAGCAUGCUGUCUCGAUGUCACACAUGGAGGGAGUCAUUGCUAAGAUGCAAAGAGACAAGGGAUAUAAUACAGGUCAAGAGCGGGGCGAGGUCCACGACGUUGCCGUGUCCACUGCAGAUGACCUGACACCCAAGACCUUCCGCACCGUGAGCAUCCAGACGGACAGGGAGACCUUCAUCAAGACCCCCGAGGGCGACGAUAGCGGGAUAGCUCUGAGCCCCAACCAGAACGUGCCGAAAAAACUCAACUUGGACUCCAUCGGACUAAAUCUAAAAGCUGAAACAGCCCCAGGGCCUUCUGGACCACCCCCACCCCCUCCACCUCCUCCCCCUCUCCCACCAGGCCUCUUAGGACCACCACCCCCACCCCCGCCACCUCCUCCCCCUCUCCCACCAGGCCUCUUAGGACCACCACCCCCACCUCCUCCUCCUCCUCCUCCCCCUUUGCCAGGCAGCACUGGAAUACCGCCAGCACCCCCUCCACCUCCAGCGCCUCCACUCCCUGGAGGUGGUCCGCCACCCCCACCACCUCCCCCUCCCCCCCCAGGCCUACCUGGAGCUGGUCCACCUCCUCCUCCACCUCCUCCAGGCGGUGGCCCGCCACCUCCUCCCCCUAUGGGGGGCUUCAGUUUCGCCCAGAAGGUGGAGAAGGCCCCACGGAAACUUGCCAUGGAGCCGGCCUGUCCCAUGAAGCCUCUGUACUGGACCAGGAUACAGAUACAGGACAAUAACAACAACACACUGUGGGGUUCUCUGGAGGAGCCGAACAUCGUCAACGCUAACGAGUUUGAGGAUCUUUUCUCCAAGGCCACGCUGCAGCCCAAGAAGAAGCCGCUGUCGGACACCUUUGAGAAGAAAGCCAAAGCUAAGAAGAUUAUCAAGCUGCUGGACGGGAAGCGUUCUCAAGCAGUCGGCAUCCUCCUAUCAAGCCUGCAUCUGGAGAUGAAGGACAUCCAGCAAGCUGUUCUUACUGUGGACAACUCUGUGGUGGAUUUGGAGACCAUUGAGGCUUUAUAUGAAAAUAGGGCCACCAGUGAUGAGAUGACCAAGAUAAUGAAACAUUAUGAGACUUCAAAAGAAGACGAAGUCAAACUGCUGGACAAACCUGAACAGUUUCUCUAUGAGCUCUCCCAGAUUCCCGACUUCACGGGCCGAGCCCACUGCAUCAUCUUCCAGUCGGUGUUCCUCGAUACCAUCUCCUCCAUCCGUCGCAAGGUGGAGAUCAUCUCGACUGUCAGCAAAGAGCUGUUAGAGUGUGAUAGCUUGCGGGAUGUAAUGGGUCUGGUUCUGGCCUUUGGGAACUAUAUGAACGGAGGGAACAGGACAAGAGGUCAGGCUGAUGGCUUCGGACUGGAAAUCCUCCCCAAACUAAAGGACGUCAAAAGCAGGGACAAUCGUAGCAACCUGGUGGAUUACGUGGUUUUGUACUACCUGCGUAAUUUCGACGAGCAUGCCGGCACAGACAAGAGUGUGUUCCCUAUGCCGGAGCCUCAGGAUUUCUUGAAGGCCGGUCAGGUUAAGUUUGAAGACCUCACCAAGGACAUCAGGAAGCUGAAGAGAGAUCUGACAGCUUGUGAGAAGAACGUGCAGACGGUGUGCGCUAACUCGUCAGAGGAAAACCUCCAACCCUUCAAGGACAAGAUGGAAGGAUUUAUCUCUGCUGCUCAAAAGGAGCAUUCAGCUGAAGAGGAUCGACUCGACGCAGCACAGAGAAGUUUCCAGGACACGGUGAACUACUUUGGGGUGAAGCCAAAGUCCGGGGAGAAAGAGGUGGCGCCGAGUUUCGUUUUCAUGCUUUGGUACGAGUUUUGCAACGACUUCAAGAACACGUGGAUACGACAAAGCAAGAACGUCUCCAAGGAGAGGUUGAAGGAAGCUCAAGAAAACAUCAAGAAGAUCACGGCGGAGAAGAGAGUUGAAACCAAGAAGAUCAACGCCAACAGCCUGAAAGAGAGGCUGCGGCAGAAGGAAGCCGGUGUGUCUUCCAGCUGAGUGAACGACGCAAACAAAAGGAGCGGUUGGAGCAGAUCAGAAAGUGCGCAGGCCUCAUCUCUCCUGCGUUUCCCACCUGCCUCAACAACAGCGGGCUUCCGUCUGUGCCCCAAACAGACUCACAAUAAAACCUCACCGGACUCCUACUAACUACUCCCACUGCCGUAUAUCUCUGCCCUCUACUAACACCCUGCCCUCCUCCACCCUCAUGUCGAGCCUUUUUCCUGUCUGCCGUACAGAUAGAAGCCGGGGCCUGUAGCGAGGAUGCACGGCUGACACGGCCGAAGUGACGAGAGUCUCAAAGGCCAAAGGUUGAUCUCAUUCAUCCGGCGCGGUGCGACCUCUGAGUGCCCAGCUUGUGAAAGGUCUCAAGGGGUCAGUGGGAUUCACAACAGCUGACACAUCCAAGAGGUUCCUUCUGGACUCACAAGAGCUGAGAUUUCUUUCUGAACCGUAGAUGUUAAGACAGCAGAGUGAUAACGCUCCUGCAAAGUGUUAAGUUGCUGUUAUGUGAACAGAUACGGCUGCAGGAAGACGAAAAUCCUUGUUGACAAAACAGAUCUCUCUCUCUCUCUCUGGAAGCGGUAAAAAAAAAAAAGCAGUUGCUAGUGUUCUUUGCUGUAGCGAAUAGCUUUUCAUUCACCACGGCUCAUUAAAAGCCUUGUAAAUAUGUCAUGUGGUAGAAUCGGCAGGGACCGAGCAGCGUUGAGGAGGAUGAUGAAUGAUCAGCGCCGGGGUUUCACGUGCAUGUGUGCGUGGCGGUUUCACUGUAUUGUGUAGCACUGCACCAGACCUCUCCUGGGCGACGGCCAGAAAAGAGCAGGAGCUGGCAGCGAGACUCUGCCCCCCUCACGCACACAAACAUGUACUUAAAAACAUCGGAAGAACACAACAAGUUUUGCACCCAAAAUAUUAAAUCUACAUUAUGCAAUCCCUCAUCACAUUGUGUCCUUUUAAGCACUUUACUGCUUGUAUAGCUGUAUGUCGUAGCUCGCUAUAAGCCACACUCCCCUGUUAUGCUUUAAGUGUGUGCAUUUUUCAGACGCAUUUCUUUGCACCUCUUUUCCUAUGCAAGGGUUCCUUGUUAGAAGAUUUAUGAAUUGUAUUGCUUCAUGAUGAAAUCCCUUUAUUAGAUUUUUUUGUUUUUCUAAGAAAGAGUAUGUUUUAUUUUGGCAAAUGUAAGAUGUAACCACGCUCCUGUAACAUUCAAGAAAUGUCUAUUUAUGUAAAGGAAAGAUUUAUUUUCUGCCAAAAAGCAUCAGCUUUGUUCCCUUUGAGGCUGUAUUUGUAUGAGUUGUAACUGACUGAGAAGCUGCCUGAUGAGAGAUAUAUUUUCACAUGGAUAUUACGUGUAUGUUGUGCCCGAUGAUUAAGAGUGAUGAUAUGUGGAAUUUGAGUAAUUCGCUUAGAGAUGAUACUUUUAGCUUUGGAGAGAUGAGGGUUGUAUUUUAGGUAUUGAGACCAUUUUAAGCAUAUCACCUGAAGCCAUGUGAGUUGUUAUACCUCAGACAGACUUCCAUUAUCAGAGUAUCCUUAAAACUGCACCUUGAAUUCCUUUUUUUUUUAUUUACCCUCCAAAGUCUUUCACGUGUGCCAUUUUAUUUUGUUAAAAAAAAUCUUUCAUAAACUGCUGGUUUACUUCUGAGGGUUUGAAAAGCAAAAAAAAAAAAGAGCUGAUACUGACCCAGGACCUGCUGUAGCCUCUACCGUGUGUAUGUCGGUCGGUGUAACCUUCAGUAGCUCUCGUAUAGGUGCUCUGUAAUUUUAUGGAAUUGUUUUAAAUUUCAAGAAUAAACUACUGGAUGCCGAACAAA